AUGCCUUCCGCCGCGUUCCAAAAGGCCGCCGACGAGAGCCGUCAGCUCAAGGCCAAGCCCAGCAACGACGAGUUAUUGGAGCUCUACGCACUCUUCAAAGUCGCCAACGGCGAGGAUAUCUCCAAGGCUCCCGCUCCAGGAAUGUUUGAUUUGAAGGGCAAGGCGAAACACAAGGCCUGGCAAAAAGAGGUCGAUGCCGGCACCAGCGCUUCGGCCGCCGAGGACCGUUACAUCAAACUCGUCGACAGUCUCAAGACCAAAUAUGGCUUUGACCCAAGUAAAGCGCCCGAGGCGGUUGGUGGGAACUAG